AAUACUUCACCGACCUAAUUCCACUUUUACUUUUUAAACCCUUAUUUAAUUGUCUUAAUCCCGUGACUAUUACACGUCGAAAUACUCAUACUGCAAAGUUGUAGUCUUCAAUUCUUAUUAUCAAACCACUCCUCGAAAGCGGAUUCGUUUGUAAACAACGCCCAUGGCUAGGUAGCUUGUCUCGCCGAUUCGGUUAAAGGGCCUUCACAAUGGGGAUCAAGGGGAUAUAUAAGGAGAUUGGCACUGGAAAGCGGAUAUCUCUAACGAAGCUUGCCGUCGAGAAGCUCGAAGAGACAGGCCGACCCUUCCGUCUAGCGAUAGACAUAUCCAUUUGGCAGUUUCAAGCUCAGGCUGCUCGAGGCGGCUCCAACCCCGCCAUUCGGACGCUGUUCUACAGACUUGUAAGACUACUCGGCUUGUCCAUACAGCCUAUCUUCGUUUUUGAUGGCCCCAACAAGCCAGCUUUCAAGCGGAACAAGCGGUCUGGUCGAGGUGAUGGCGUUGCCACCUCUAUGGCUAAACGAAUGAUCAAAUUGUUCGGCUUCAAAAUACAUGACGCCCCCGGCGAAGCAGAAGCUGAAUGCGCUCUCCUGCAGCAAACAGGUAUUGUUGACGCAGUUCUCAGCGAAGAUGUCGAUACCAUCAUGUUUGGAUGUACACGAACACUUAGGAACUGGUCUUCUGAGGGUACAAAAGGAAGCAAAACACCCACUCACGUCUCCAUGUACGACACCGAAGGGCUACAGAAGAGCGGAGCCGGACUGGAUCGAGAAGGGAUGGUCCUAGUCGCACUGAUGAGUGGUGGUGAUUACCUUCCAGAAGGUAUUCCUGGUGCCGGUGUCAAGUUAGCUUGCGAGGCUGCUCGGGCAGGAUUCGGAAAAUCCCUCUGUAGGUUGAAGAAGUCUGAUGCGUCCGAAAUAGCCAGCUGGAAAGAGUGGUUGACUUUCGAACUGCGGUAUAAUGAGAGUGGUUUCUUCAGGACAAGACAUAAGGCCCUUUCCGUACCUGAGAGCUUUCCAAAUUUCGACAUUCUCGGGUACUACACUCAUCCUGUAGUAUCGCGCGCGUCGACUCUAGAUAGAUUGAAAGGCGAAUCCUGGGAUCAUCCGGUUGAUAUUCAGGGGUUACGCGAAUUCGUGCGAGAAACUUUCGACUGGAAUUAUCGAAUAGGGGCGAUCAAGUUUAUCAGGGUUCUAGCACCAUCUUUGUUGGUACGAAAGAUGAUGUCUCGGAAUACCCAAGGUGGCAACGGAACAAAACCAAUUGAGAUCCUAGAGAAGGAAGAAUCGGAACUGGUCAGAUCGAUCACAAGCAAGCGCGCUCAUUUCAGCACGGAUGCCACACCGGAACUACGAAUAUCGUUUAUUCCAACUAAGAUCGUCGGUUAUGAUUUUCAGGAAGAACCGGACGAAGUAAUAGAAUACGGGCGAGAUGGUCUGGCACUCAACAGUGACGACGAAUUUGAUGCUAUGGCUGAGGAAGAAGGAGCAGACGCCAUUGCGAAGAGCAGCAGCAAGAAGCCAUUCAAUCCAACUGAACCAGAUCUAUCUUGGAUACCAGAGACUAUAGGGAAACUCAGCAUACCUAUCACCGUUGAGGACUGGGAGGAAGCACAACGAGCCAAGGUCGCGAAAGCCGCAGCUCGCCAAAAGCUAAAGACUACGAAGCCAAAGGGGAAGUCUGCGGGUACGACCGCCAGCUUAGACAAGUUCGUCAAGGUCACGAAAAAUAUCCCACAAGGUGAAGAAACAAAUAAGACUAUUGCGCCAACAUUCUUGGGACCGCCAUCUCCAGUCCGGGCUGGGAACUCACGUGGCACUUCUGCGGUACCUUCGCAGAUUCUGGCACCCCUUCUCUCCUCUAGCCAGACCUCACAAAACGCGCGGCCUACAAGAUCCAGUAAGCAGUCCAAAUCCAAGUCCAAACCCAGGAAUGCUUCCCCAGCAUCAAGGCCGGACCCGAGCAUCAACCCCUGGACGAUUGCUGGCUCACAAACCAGUCCUAGAGUUGCCAAGACCAAAUCUACCAAAGCUUCCGAGCCCAUUACCAUAUCCUCUAGCCCCCCUACGUCGCCUACCGCGGGUCAUAAUUCCUCUAUGAGGCGACCCGGGAACCCUCCCGCAGAAGAGACCCCCCCAGCAGCGGUGUUGCCCUCGCUGCCGAGGCCCCAUAGUUCUGUAACACCAACGAGAACGCCUCAAACGAGUAGUAGACUACUAGGUCGCCGUACAGCGGUAAGAGCCCUUAGUCCAUCGCCCAUGUCGAGCGAGAAGAAGCCAGUACGGAAGUUAGCAAGGACGGAAACGUUGCCCGUUACAAGAUCACCUACAGAAAGUAGAGGCAGUGAACGGCAACUCGCGCGGGCACGGACAGUAGCAGUUGAAGCUGUACAAAUUUUAGACUCGGAAGAUGAUGAUGAUUUCGACCUACCGCCACUUAGCAGCAUUCUCGGCCCACUUCCAACACGCUCUGGUAGGAAUCCAUUCAACUGUCCUACUGUAGCCGAAGAACAAACGCCUCCACGGCCAACGAAGCAGAAGCAGCAACCAGGAAAGCAAGAAACGAAACAAGCCACGCUAAACAAUACGUUCAACGCCACAAAGCGGACGACAAAGCUGUAUAUGCCUCGCAAAAGCGAACCAGGUUUCUUUAGGGAGUUAGAAGUCGACGUCGAUGAGGCUAACGAGCUGCUAACGAAGGCCCGAGGUUUGGAUGGUGCGGAAGCUAAUGGUGGGAGAGGAGCGGCAUGGAGGCGUAGCGAUCUCUCGUGUAUCGACUUGACGGGCGAAGAUUAAGAUUCACUUGAACACCUAGUCAAGGGGUACGAUAAAUUCAGCAUAUUGAUGGUUAAUACUACAUGGACGCAUUCUGGUGCGAGCAUUUUUACAUAGAACGCAUGGUUUGGGCGACAUUUGCAUAACGGAAAUCGGGAAAUUCAUAGAUGCAUAGAAUACACUAGGAUAGGGGUUCACGGCACACAUAGAAUUGCAUAGCUAGAUCGACCAGGGAUCAAU